AUGAAUAAGGAGAACAGCGAAUUUACGCCGUGCUGGGAGAUCCUCAAGGGUGCUUUAACCGACAUCCACAACAAGAACGCCAGCAGACUCUCGUUCGAGCACCUCUACCGAGCUUCGUACAAGAUCGUCCUCCGAAAGAAAGGCGAGCUACUCUACAACAAUGUCAAAACAUUCGAGGAACAAUGGUUCCGCGACCACGUCCUCAAACCCAUCGAAGACCUGGUCUCCGCAAAUCUAAUCAGCAUCGCGCUGCUCCAGGUACCUGGGUCCAGCGCGCACGAACGACGCCAAACAGGCGAGCGGUUUCUGAGAGGGAUUCGCAGCACAUGGGAGGACCACAAUAUGUCGAUGAACAUGGUCGCCGACAUCCUCAUGUAUCUCGAACGAACAUACGUCGCUGAGUCGAGACGACCAUCCAUAUUUGCGGCCACGAUCGGGUUGUUCAGAGACCACAUCUUGCGGAAUACAUUGGGCGAGGCUUCAGAACAGCUCAAUCAGCCGUUCGUCAUUUUUGACGUUUUGAACGCUGUGGUCUUGGACCUGAUCAACAUGGAGAGGGAUGGCGACAUCAUCGAUCGGAAUUUGCUCCGCCAGAUAACAUCAAUGCUGGAAGCUCUGUACGAAACCGAUGACGAGCUGGAAAAUGCGAAGCUUUACUUGACCGUUUUCGAGCCUCGUUUCCUCAGUGCGAGUCAGGGGUUUUACAAAAAUGAGUGCGAGAAACUGCUCCGCGAGGGCAACGCUAGUGCAUGGCUUCAUCACACCCAACGCCGGCUCCGCGAAGAGCAAGAUCGCUGCGACACAUCGCUUUCUAUCCUAACCACGGACAAGAUUGCCUUGGUUGUCGAGAAGGAAUUGAUUGUCGCGAAGCUCGGCGACUUUUUGGCCAUGGAGGGGAGUGGAUUGAAGAGUAUGAUUGACAACGACCGUCACGAUGACUUGUCGAUACUCUACCAACUUAUCUCGAGAGUUGACAAGACAAAACACGCUCUGAGGGUGAUUCUGCAGAGUCGUGUGAUGGACUUGGGUCUCGAAAUUGAGCAGACCCUUAAAAACACAGAUUUCUCCGCGCCUGCGACGGGCCCCGAGGCGGAAGAGCCAGCCGAAGCUGGUGAAAAGGCCAAAAUCCAGCCCCUGAGUGCGGCGGCGCAACAAACGGCCGCCUCGAUUAAGUGGGUAGACGAUGUACUGCAGCUGAAGGACAAGUUUGACAACCUGUCGAAAACAUGUUUCAAUGAAGAUCUAGUUCUUCAGUCCGCCGUGACGAAGAGCUUCUCUGAAUUCAUCAACAUGUUCAACAGGAGUUCAGAGUUCGUGUCGCUCUUCAUUGACGAUAGUCUCAAGCGGGGCCUCAAGGGCAAGUCGGACGAAGAUGUGGAGGUGGUCCUGCAAAAGGCUAUCAUUCUCCUCCGGUACCUCGCCGAUCGCGACAUGUUUGAGCGGUACCACCAAAAGCACCUCGCCAGGAGGUUGCUGCACAACAAAUCCGAAAUUCACAUCGAGAAGGAACUCGUUCGCAGGAUGAGGGGGGAGCUGGGUAACCACUUCACCACAAAAUUUGAGGGCAUGUUCAAGGACAUGGAGCUGUCGAAGGACCUCACAGAAAAUUACCGGGAUCACGUCCGGAAUUUGGGCGAUGCCGAUGUCAAAUCGGACCUUGGUAUCCACGUGUUGACCACGAACAACUGGCCACCCGAGGUUAUGAAUCGCACCGCAGCUCAAGAAGAUGGCAGUGCCCGAGCGGAAUGCAUCUUCCCACCAGCCAUCAAGCGACUUCAGGAAAGCUUCUUUAAGUAUUACCUGAAAGACCGCAGUGGCCGCGUUCUAUCCUGGGUGGCCUCAGCGGGAAGCGCCGACGUCAAAUGUGUGUUUCCCAAAAUACCCGGCAAGGAGAGUGGGCCGCUCAGCAAGGAGCGCCGGUAUGAACUCAACGUCUCGACUUACGGCAUGAUUGUGCUGGAGUUGUUCAACGGUUUCGCCGACGACGCGAGCUUGUCAUUUGAAGAGAUUCAGGCCAAAACUAAUAUCCCCCCCUCUGACCUCAUCCGCACGUUGGGAUCACUCUCCAUCCCGCCCAAGUCGCGGGUGCUCGCCAAGGAGCCAAUGUCCAAGAAUGUCAAGCCGACUGAUAAGUUUGCCUUCAACGCCCAGUUUGUCAGCAAGACCAUCAAGAUCAAGGCGCCCGUUAUUAGCAGCACCUCCAAGGUUGAGGACAACGACGAGCGCAAAGAGACCGAACGCAAGAACGACCAGACCAGGGCCCAUGUGGUGGAUGCCGCGAUUGUGCGGAUUAUGAAGCAACGUAAGGAGCUAUCGCACACUCAACUCACUACCGAGGUCAUCGGGCAGCUUGCUGGUCGCUUCAAGCCUGAAGUUUCGAUGAUCAAGAAGCGGAUCGAGGAUCUGCUUACCCGGGAGUACUUGGAGAGAGUCGAAGGCAGCGAUAUCUCCGCGUAUCGGUAUCUGGCCUGA